GCCAAGUCAUCAAUAUUUGCCCAACAAGGGAGAUUACAGCAUCCAGUGGACAGAUUACGUCGCCUAACUAUCCCAGCAACUACACCUCAAACACUAGUUGUACUCUGACGAUCAAACAACCCCUGGACACAAACUUUACUUUCACGUUUACCGACCUUGAUAUCGAGAGUGAUGAAGACGGUAGGUAACGUAAUUUGUCUUAAACUUUAGGGCCUGUUUAUAUCUGCGCGGCUGAUUAGGAAACUUCCCCGACUGAGGACAAAUUGAUCAGUUUUGAUAAAAUUUGGAUGAAAAUUGGAUGAGAAAUAAGCAAAUAUUUGUCUUGCUUUGCCAGGCCUAAUAAACUACAUGCAUUAUAAAACCAUUGUAUAAUUCAUGCACGGUACAUAACCUGGCGGUGGUAUGCAGUCUCAGAGCGCCCUCUAGUUUACACAUUAUUAAUCAUUUAAUAUGUACAGUAUCUACUUACAUUACAGAACUUACCUGUUAUGAUUACCUCAUUAUAUCUGGAGGUUCAUCACAGACAUUUUGUGGGACCAUCACUCCGGCGCCAUUUCUACCUGGCCUGAAUGUCGUCACACUGGAAAUGGUAACAGAUGGUAAUGUUGAGCAAAGCGGUUUUGAUCUCAGCUUUACCACCGUUCAGAGUAAGCAAUAUUUUCGGUGUGUUCAGAGGCGACAAAGGGAAGUAAGGCCUGUUUUAUACGUCGAAUUUCGGUCGCGUCGAAUGCAAUUCAAACAAUAGAUAAUGAAGCUUAAUGAGGUUUAUCAUCUUAUUACCUUUUGUCUUAAUUGCAUUCGACGCGACCAAAAUUCGACGUAUAAAACGGUCCUAAGGCGGCAGAAGAAUGGUCGUAAUUCGGGAGGGAGAGGCAAUCCCAGCUCCUGUAAGUUAUAAUCCCUUAAUAUAUUGAGGUUGCUAGUAAGGAAACAUUCAGCAAUAGCAUGGCCGAAAUUCCAGAGAAAAAUUGGUCAUGUCGCUGACCAUUAAUUACAUGACACUGAGGGCUCAGUCAAAAAUUCCCGGCAUUUUGUUUUGCUUUAUUUUGACUUAUUUAUGGCGACCACUGUUGUAAGAUUACCACAGAAGUAACGAGUAAAAAAUACAAUUACUUCUCCGUAAAGGUAAUUAUUAUAAAUUCAAAACCUACCUCCUUCAAAAGUUGUUACGUUACAGAUUACUUUUCACUUACAGUAGGUGAUAAUAAGAUUGGACUACAACAGUAUCAAAAUGCACCUAAGCGACAUAAAAAACAAGACGUAUAAUUGAACUGCGUUGAAUUAGUUAUUUAAUUUAAUUAAGUAGGGACACAGCUGAAGUGUCGCGGGUUACUUUCUUCAAUUCAAAAUGUUACUCGUUACCUUAAAAAAGGAAUUAAUUACUGAAAAAUAAAUCGAGAAGUAAUUGGUAAUUAUUACAACAUACAUUGGUGGUUUAAUAAGGCUCAAAUUGUAAGUUUAAGUAGACUUUUAAUUGUGCUUGAGUCAAGCAAUAUUUCUCUUGGGCCUGUAACCUUUUCUUGGUCUCGAAAUCAAAACUUUGCCGAUUGUUUCUUGAAAUUAUCUAGCAGUUUUCCUCAUUAAUUUUCAGUACAAGUCUAUUUAUCAGCUUUAUUGGACAAAUAUAGUAGAAACAAGUUUAAGUCCAAAGGGGAUAGCGCAAACGGGACAACGAGACCCAUGCUAGGCGCACCCCCUCCAAAAAAGGAAGAAAAAAAAACCCAACCUAAUUUACUAUAAACAAAUAUAUAUUACAUAACAUGCAUAUUAAGAACGGUGGCAGGGGCAGUCUCUUGUGAGCGACCAAGUCAGCAUGUAUACAGUAUUCUGCGCAUGUUCACUGGGGCUAUAGCUGUACGAAGACGAAUAAUUAUAGUGAUUUCUUCAACAGUUGUGAAAUAAUGCUUGAAAAGCUAUAAAACUACGAAUAUCGAACAUAAUUAAUGAAAAGAAACCUUAGUUUAUAGAUACUAGAGUUUUAUUGGGGUUACACCAAUAAACGGUCAAUUUUAGAAUACUUGAUAAAGUUACUAUCCUGUGGAUAGCGCUCUGCCCACCUGUCGUACAAUUUAUUGGUAUGGAAAAAUACAUCUAUAUAUCUAAUAUCUAUCACAAAAUAAUUUGAUAUAUCAUCAUGUGUAUACAGAAUAUUCCUAUCUGCAUUUUUUCUAGCAACUGGUUUACCACCAGCAGUGAGCGUGUGUCCGACCAGAUCAAUCAUCCCCAGUGCUAUUGGUCGUGUGCACUCGCCUGGAUUCGCUGGUAACUAUGGCGCCAAUCUGAACUGUAAGCUUACCCUGAAUGUGCCUUCAAAUAAGGAAGUUGAAAUUUCCUUCAACCAUGCUGAUAUUGAAUGUAAGUGUAAAACAAUAACAAUAUAUAUUGUUAUAUAGCUAGGGUGAACACCAAACGUGAUUGGUUGAUUUGUGGUCACGUGUCUUCAGAUAAAUGCAAUCAGGGCGCUAAUGCAAUGUAUCCCGCCGACCAACAAGUAAAAUAUUGUUACCCGCCCCGACCGGAUACGUACAUAAAUAAACAAAAUGGCGGCACAACUAGCAUAAUUAGAAACCACGAUUUUCCAAGUUUGUGUUCAAAUUAAGAAUGUAAAAGAGAAGAAAAAUACACAACAGGGAACAGGAUAUGGUGCUGAAACCGUUUAAGUAUAGGUUCUUUUAAUUUUAAACUCGUGUACACUAUAGAGCUUUUGUCACGAAAUACAAUUGUUGUAUGAAAUAAUGUUGUUGAAUGUUGACUUUUGUUUGUCGCUAUAUAACAAAACACUUAAUUUCUGUCCCCUCGCGAAAUAGUUAGUUUUGUUUUCCCUCGAAUCUCAAUGUUUCCCUCGACUUCGUCUCGGGAAACACUGCGACUCUCGGGAAAACAAAAUAAACUAUUUCCCUCGGGAGCAGACAUUAACAUUGACAAAAUCACUUUAAUUUAAAUCACUUUGGUAAAAUUUUCUGGUCAACCAAGAAAUAACCCUUUUUAGGUAUUAUAGUUAAAACAUGUGCGGCCAAUCUUUAUCUGAUAUAAAAACUUGUGCCGAAGUCGAGAGUUUGUAUAUCAGAUCAAGAUCGGAUGCGAAUGUUUUAACGUACUUAAAAAACGACCCAUCUUUUGAGAUCAUUGGCGAAGUAAUUUGAAAAUAAACAUUGUCUAAUUUAUUUGAUAAUAAACAUCGCAAAGCUGAAGUUUAUGUAAAUCAGACAAAUCUUUAUAUAAUUUACAAACAUUGAUUAAACAUUCAUUUCUUUUUAAUUUUCUUCAUGGAUUAUUUUAAAAUGAGUUUCUUAAGUGAAUUUAAUAUUACUGCUUUCGAUUCUUAACAGAUGAAGUAUAAAAACUCCACAAAAAGUAUUAAGACCAUUAUAAACAAACUUAAAAAUACAACUGUGCGCUAGCCUUAAUAACGAUAACAUUCGCUGCAAUUUCAUGUAUACCAGCUAGUGUCAGCUUGCAUUAAAAGUAAAACACAUUAUCCACGAGCCAACGGCGCGGAACGCCGUUCCGGGCGUAAGCCCGGGGCGAGGGUACUAAUUCCGCCCGGGUAUUUACACCCGGCGAAACGAAAGCAUUAGCGAAGUCUAAAGUUCAUCAAUGAUCGCGGGCGUGGGUUACCGUGAGUGGUUCGGUGGGUGGUCAUCUCACUGAUCUCAAAAUAUGGCUGUUUGCCAUGGAGUGAAGAGGCAACAAAUAUAAAAAAUGCAUGUCGUGAUGUCGGAAAGCUUGGAAAAUCGUUUCACAUAACAAAUUGUGAAAUUGUUUACCAUUUUUAAACGUGAACAUUUAUAAGAAUUGAUUUAGUAUGAGAAAUCCUAAAGUGUAGGGCAAGUUUGUUUCAAUUGUUAUGUAUGUUCAAGUAUUUCCUAUGCAUUGUUUGCGAACGUUUCUUAGUUAAAUUAACCUUUGUAGAAGUUCAUUAUAAAAAAAUGCAAAUUAUUUUCAUUAGCGUCCUGUACGAAAGAAAUUUAUUUCCAUUCAAAGUGCGAGUAAUAAGUAGAAGCUUGAGUUGAAGAGUUUAUAUAAAUAUCGACAAGAAGCAGUUAGCGCUGAUUUCAAUUCACAUUUAAAAACGUUUUACGUAGAGUUUCGUUUUGAAAUUUACAUUAAAAUAAAGCCCACAGAAACCAAAAUAAUAUACCUACUUUAUAUAUUUUAGAAAUUGAUAGUUCUGUAUGGGAAAGUACAAAACAUGGACCCCCGGUCCAUGGACCCCUUGUCUGGACCGGGUCCAUGGACCCCUCUAUGGACCCCUCCAUGGGCCGCAUUUUUCCAAAUUUCAAUAUUACUGUUAAAGGCACAGUGCACCCAAAUUCGCGCAUGCGCAUUGCGUUCAAAAACUUGAAAAACUUAAUGUUGUAAAUCAAGUUUUAAAAAUCAAAAUGGCGUCGUAUAUACAGUCUACAGUACUAAUGGGUAAAGAAAGUUUUACGUGUUUAAAAUCAGUUAUAUAAUGAUGUAUAUUUGUGCGAAAUCAAGGCUAAUAAUUUGAUCUCCGGAUGUUCCGAAUUAUCACAGUUAUUAUGUAUGCGAAGUGUAAUUUGAUACCCGUCUGUGCAGAUGAAGCAUCGAGCGGUAUUGGCCGAAUUUCACAUUUUUACAUGCGUUCAAUGCUAUGGAAAGCUCUAAAACUGACAGUGACGAUAACUUGCGUUGUCCUACUGAGCCAGUGAGCCUGGCCCAUCUUUUCAAGCGCCUGGAAGUGGUACGCACGGUGGGAAAAGACGUGGUUCUGGGAGGAAACGCCAGCGUGAGGGAGGCUACCUAGUACCUAACGAGAACGUACGUACGAAGUGCGAUUUGGAAGACCAUUUCCCUGCACAAUGAUGUCUAUGACCUGUGGAUGGAUGUACAAGAAAUUUAUCAACUACAAUGACAAGUCGAGUAAGCCAUCAUCAAGCAACAUCAACUCGAAGGCAAUUAAAAACAUAAGUUUUAAAUUCAGGUAUUUAUACUUUUUUCUCAUACGUAUGCCUUUUUAAUACUCGCCUAUGUGUUUUAAAUUUAUGAAUGAUAUAUACAGUGAACUGAAUAUAUAAUAGUUUAUAUACAAGAUUUUAAUACUACUGCAUGUUCCUAUUUUCUAUUGUCACUGUAAAUAUUGGGCCUAUAAUUGGCCCUAUUGGCUAUACCCAUCAUAGAACUCAUGGCGGUAUUUGCUUUCCUAGUCCUUGCUACCAUUUCAUCUCGAAUAUUUUUCUUGUUUUAUCUCUUGAAUUAUACUUUUAUAUGAUUUAUUACUUCAUAAAUUCCUAUAUGUAUUGGGCCAUUUAAAUAUAUACCCCCCCCCCUAUUGAGGGGUCGCUUAAUAAUCCCCUUAGGAUAUAAAAAUUUAGGACCCCCUUGGGUGUGAUUUUUUGAAGCUACCCAUGGUUAUAUUUAAACCCCAUUUAGGAUAUCAUCUUUGCCCCCUUGGAUAUCAGUAUGGAGUAUGGAGCCGUCGUUCGAGUAAGAGAGCUAAAAGAUGGAAACCAGUGAUUGUUGAGGAGAAGAAUUACUGAGCUACAUUCCAAUUCUGAGUGCUCAUGUGUUGAAAGAGGCAAGCAAAGAGUUUCUGUAGAAAGUAAAACCAUCCACAUCUGAUCAAGAUCCAACAAAAAUAGCCCUAACAAUUGCCAGUCUACCUGCUCUGUCAACAGUGGAUUUUGUAAAAGAACGUACCACAAUAUUUUAGAUUACAGUAGAUAUACAACCUUUUCAGGCUUUUGAUAAUUACGUCAUUUGGCCUGGGAGCCUUGCUCUCAUGAAUCGUGAGCCAAUCACUUUGCAUAAUUUAUUAAUGAAAGCGAGGCUCCAAGACCAAAAAGUAUGUGUGGCGUAAUUAUCGAAAGCGUGUAUUGUCAGAACUACUGAGUACUUUGAUAAAAAAAAAACAGUGCAUAAUACUUUCUCUGAAAAAAUGUAAACAGUCAUUUUAAAUUGUUUAUUUGUACAUUCAACUAAUAAAUUUCUGGAAUGAUCUCUCUUGAAGAUGACUACAAUUUAUUAGUGAAAACAUACAAAUAAACAAUUUUGAGGAUGUUUUUAAAAUGCUUCCAGAGAAAUUAUUGUGCUGUAUAUAAUUCUAUGAGUUUGUGUCAAAGAAACUAUGGGUGAAAUUUCAUAUAAGGAUCCCAAAAUGACAUCACAUAGGGUUGUGUAUGGGCUGGGUGAGAGUAAGGGUUAUAUUUUGGGAUUCUUAUAUAAAACUUCAUCUACAAUUAUGCCUCCACAAUCAAAGAUUUAUGAAUAAGGAGAGCAGAUAUAUACAAUUUCUAUUUGUGAAUGUACAUAAUUUAUUUGUGCUAUAUUCAAUAAUUGAUAAAAUGGACAAAUGUGAAAUGCUGUCCAUAUCAUAGAAACAAAAUAACCAUAUUGUUCUACAUAAAACCCUGACUGCCCACCCCCUUGACCCUCUAGGUCAAGGCAUAUCUCUAUAUCUGGUAUGAUGUCCAUCAGGUGAAGGAUGUUUUUCGAAUUUUCCACACACGGCAUGCAUGGCUAUGUAUGUACUGACACACUGUCGAUAUGCUGCAUGCCUCAUCACUCUAUUGUCAUAUGUUUGUGUAAACACAUAGGUAUCUGCCAAAACUUUAUGGAGGUGGCCAAUUUAUCUGCGUCCAAGCAAAUGUUUUGGAAUGUGCAAGUGUUCCACUCUGAAACAAUGUAUUUCUUUAUAGCACACCCUCUUUCUGUCUGUUGGCAUCUCUGCAAUAUCCACAUACACAGAAUGGUGCAUUUGACUCCUCAAAUUAUUACACUGAAUCAUGCUGUAGCUGCUCCACCAAAUCUUUUAAAACUAAUGCUCUGGACUUAAAACCCUCCUUUGCUACUUUUACAAGAAUCUUGUUAUCCAAACCAUCAAUUAUCUCCUAAGUAACAAAGACAACUAACAGUUACGAUAUAUUAUAUAAAGGCACUUGAGUUCACACAUACAAAAAUUCUGUACCAAUAUUUCUUGACCUUGGUAUGGUACGACCCCUUUGAAUCAUUGUUUAUUCAUAAAGAUUAAAGCAUCAUACAUGAUAUAACGUAUGCAUUCAUCACUGUAUAAAUAUGCAGCUUGCUCUGAAUAUCAAGAUCAAAUCAAAUACAAAUAUUCAAAAUCAGAGAAACUCAUUGAUAUUUCAACUCAAAUACAGUACAUACCUUUUAUAUAUUUUUACAUUACUCCUCGCACCACAAGUGCAUGCGCUUCCUCUGCAAUGACAGCCAGUCACUUUUCCAUUCGUAGAGGUCUUUAACUUGACCAUACAUUGCGAUUUACAGCCACAGUUUGAUAUCCUCGGUUGAGCGACCAUACGUGUAAACAGUGUUUUAAUAGUGUUACAUAAUUAUUAAUUGAACCGAAUUUUACAGCAAUUUGGAUACUUUUCUUUUUUACAUUAAUAUCCAAAAAUACAGCCUUACAUUGCUAGACUCAUCUAAAUCAGAUGUUUCGUCUUCAAGCGAUGAACUCAUGGCGAUAUAGCUUCUUUCGUUUUGUAAAUUUAAAGAGUCAAACUCUUCGUUUGCCGCCAUAGUAAUACAAUAUUAAGUUGCGUGUAACCUGAGCCGCUUGUCAUAUCAAUCAAUCAACAGCGGUAUUGUCGGUCACGUGGGGUGCUGCACUGUGCCUUUAAGAAGCAACAAUAGCAAGCUUGUACUAGCGAAACCAAAAACCAAUUCUUUGAAAAGAACAUUCAGAUAUGCUGCUGCUAAAGUCUGGAACCAAAGUGUCAGCUAACUUAAUAGUAACUGUAUUUAUUAAAUUUUUUGAGAGGGCUUCACUGGGAGGGGGGAGGAGGGGUAGUUAGUUAAAUAAAUAGUAACUGUAUCUUUUAUACUUUUUGGGAGGGGUUCACUGGGGGAAGGAGGGGGCGUUGUAGUUUGUGUUCAUCACGGCCUAAUGAAAAGCAACCUUUCGAUUUGUAAAUAUUUUAAUACUGGUUGAUUAGUCACCGUGUUUAAAGAUGUUUUUAAUAAUAAUAAUAAUAAUAAUAAUAAUAAUAAUAAUAAUAAUAACGAUUUUAAAAUCUUUCACACAAGCGACUUUUUUUCAAUCGGACAAUAACGAUAAAUAUUUUCACCAAUCAGCGCAUACAAGCUAGUUGUCGUUAUCGUUGUGUGAUGUGGUGUGACCAAGUUUUAAUGCUGUCCGUACACAGGCUUGAAAAUUAAAAAAAUUAAAAAAUGCGUGCCUUUUUUGUUGUCGUUUCAGUAGAAAAGCGCUGACUGAAUAUAUAUGCGGUUUUGAGCGGCAGAGCAAGUGAACACAAAUUGGUUUUGCAAAAGCGAUAUGUCGAAUUUGUGAAAGUCAAAACACCAUGCAGGCCUGAACUUUUCACUCCUAUAUACAGUACUGCUCAGAAAUAACCUAACAGAAAACGCGAUUGGAACGCGUCUCGAACCCGGCCGGAACGCGUUCCUAAAUGCGUUCCAUUUGCGUUCCAUUCGCGUUCCAUUCGCGUUCCAAUUGCGUUCCAUUUGAGUUCCACUGUUACCGGAACGCAUCUGCGGAACGCGUUCCGGUUGCACUCGUAUCGAAACCGGACAUCGUCGGAAACCAUCGCGAUUUCCCGAGUAGUAGUCAGCCUCAAUUGCACAUUUUGUGUUCACACUAUAAACUAUGAAACCGCGUUUUUAUAAUAUUUGUUUCCACUAUCGAGUCGCGAAUCAAAAUAACAUAUGAUGUACACAUCACGUACAUGUAUGUGCGUGCACGGUCAAUACUCAGGGACAAAACAAAACACAAUCUAGCUAAUUUCUUUUAUUCGCCAUCAGGUUUCUGACGACCUUGUAGAAAAUGCUCGCGCUUUUCACAAAACUCUAAAGGGCAUCAAAAUAAAUAAAAGCAGUUUUGAAGGAAUUUUAAUGACUUUAACAGUAUUGUCUAAAAUUAUGGAAAUUAUUGUCAAAAGUUAUUCACUCACGCGUGUGUUGAAUACGCUACUGAAUUUCAUUUCCUAAAGAGGUAGGCAAAAUCAUCAUCAGACUAAACCCGGUUUACACUAUCAAAGUUUCUGUGACCAUAGGAGGAGUUCAAAAUGAAUAAACUAAUACCGGAAAAAACACAAGGUAAGAAGGUCGUCCAGUUUAUUAGCUAUCCUGUAGACCAGAAAUACAGAUAAUUUCAAUCUUAACUCAUGCAACAAUAGUACGCAAGCGAUGUUUAUUGCUGAUAUGCGUGUAUUCGCGUGCCUACAGUAAGGAAACAUCAUCCGAUAAGUUGGUACGAUUGUUAGUAAAUGUAUAUUGCAAGCAUGCACUUAUUAUAGAAUCGACCCGAGAUGUUGGGUAGUCAAAAAUAUCACAGUCACUAGUAUUUUGACUAAUUGUAAAUGUUUAUACUUUAUAAUCAUGUGUAAUGACUUAGUUAUGCGUAAAAAAUACACAAGCGGCGACAAUUUAUUAUUAUUAUUAUUAUUAUUAUUAUUAUUAAUGGUUUAAGAUACACACCUUCGCAAUAGAUUGAAUUAUGGUGCGCUUACAAAAUUGGUACGCUAUAUAUUUAAAUAUAUAAAAAAUGUAGUUGCAUGCAUCAAGUCUAAAAAUCUUAUUGAAUUGCAUUAAAAUCAUCGUAAUUAAGUAUCACGCUUAAGUUUCUUUACUAUAACUACUAUAUAGAGCUACUGUACUGGGAAAAAAGCUACGGCGAUAUCUUUCUGUUCGGCAUUUUAUUGUUGUUAAUGUGUUAGAGUUUCUAAGUUCAUAAUCAUUUGAACUAACCCUAGACAAUGGAACAUAUUUUGAUAUAUAAUGAUAUAUAAACGUUUAGAAGCCUUGGAUACAACUGAUUCUAUGCGUGCAUUCCAUUUAAGAUCGUUUUGGAUAACCAGACCUAGGACUUUAUGAGACCGCACAACCUCAAGCGCAUGACCGUCGAUCAACAAUGGUGACAGAUCAGGUGAUUCCCGCAGAAAGCAAACGCGUAGUUCUUUGCACUUUUUGGGGUUAAGUUUCAUAAGGUUGCACGAAGCCCAAGAAUUUAUAGUAUCAAUACAGAACUGAAACUUUGAAUUGCUGCCCUUUGUGAUAUUUUCAGAUGUUGAUAUGUCAUCCACAAAUUUCCAAAUAUCCGUUGCGUGUGGUUUCACAUCGGGAUCAUUUAUCAUCGCCAAAAACAGAAUUGGACCGAGUUUAGUUCCCUGGGGGACACCCGCAUUCAUUGGCAACCAGCCUGACGUUUUCCCUCCAAGUUUGACCCGCUGACGGCGGUUAGUUAGGAAGUUGAUAAUCCAAGGCAACAGGGACGAUCUAACACCUAGGUCCAACAGCUUUAAUAUUAGUAAAUUAUGUUCUAUACGGUCAAACGCCUUUUCGAAGUCAAGGAAACAAAGUUUAAGAUGUUUUUCAGGACACUCUAAGUUGCACAACCAAGUGUGGAUCAUGUCUAAAAGACAAUAAGUUGUGGAUGUUCCUUUCAAGCAUCCAAACUGCUUGGGGUCGAUCUUGUCUUUAAUAUCGGUUAUCAUCCACCCGACCACGAAAUCUUUAAGAACCUUAGCCAGGCAGGGUGUCAGUGAGAUGGGUCUGGUGUCACCUUCACAGGUAGGAGGUUGUGAUUUUGGAACUGGUAUGAUGUCUGAGUCUUUCCAUAUUGCAGGCACGAUUCCAGAUGAAAGUGAUUCGUUGAAAAUAGUUGCAACAGGUUCGGCUAAUUCAUGGGCAAACUCUUUCAGGAUACGACAGGGGACGUUAUCUGGGCCGUGAGCUUUAAAAGGUUUAAUUUCUAAGAGCUUUUUAGAUACUUCAUGUGGUUGAACUGUCGGAGCAGGUAAAAUAAAUUGUAGCAAGUAUGCUACAUGAUACUCUUGCUUCAGCACGUUUGAUAGCGAUCUAUUUGAUUGCUCGUGAGCAGUUUGAGCCGGCUGAGUUUUAGUCGCAACUAUUUUCAUCCCAUGUUGUUAAAUUGCUGGAAUGUAGCCUGUGCACAAAACAAACCUUUCUAGCUCGGGUUGAAAGACUCGAUCGCGAUUUGAAGCAUUUUCGGCUAUUCGAUUUGUGUGUUUAUGGUUACAUAUACAGUUGAAACAAACACGCUAAAAAAGCCAUUAAGGCGAUUUUUUAAAAUUAUUUGUGAUUACAUGCUGCCCGGACUGUGUCGAGUUUCAGUCUGGGUCAAACCGGGCUGGUGCUUCAGCCUGGAAUGAAGCUUGAUAUUAAUAUUAUUAUUAUUAUUAUUAUUAUUAUUAUUAAUUGCUACUUGUAUUCGCACGUCGUAUUAUAUAUUCUGUAGACGAAACAAAGACUGGAACAACCCAGAACUUUUAAACUUUUAACUAAAUUUAAAAGAUUUUUACCUGUAUAUAUAUUUUAGCUUUUAACUCAAUUCAAGUGGACAUCGAUAAGCUACCUUUUAUUAAGUGAGGUUUAUCAAUGUAUAUAUAGUAUAUCGUAAAUAUCUAAUAAAAAGUUUCCAUUAUUAUUAUUAUUAUUAUUAUUAUAAACAAACGCAAAAAAGCUAAAUACAAAGAUCCAAUUAAAGAUCAAAGGGGUCACUUUAAUUCUGUCAAAUUUGUAAACCUAUCAAUGAGCUCUCUCGCUGUGUUUGACAAAGAAUGCUUCACCUUUUUAGAAAUGUUAGACACUAUAGGAAUGGAUAAAAAGCAGCAAUAUUACUGCAUAAAAAAAAUGACGUCUUAUGCCAUUAGAGCGACGUACUAUAUUUUUUGCUGUCGAAACAAAGAGUGGACAAACCCUGAAUUGUUAAACAUUUAAAUUAGUAACUACAUACAACAAUAUAUAUAAUCAUGUAUCCAUUUUAUUCUUGUUUUUUACUGUAAAUAGUACAUAUGUAGUACUCUGUGAUUCAUGUAGCCAAUUGUAAAUUACCUAAGUCAGUAGUGAGAUUUACAAUUGUAUAUAUACGUUAGAAAUUCAAUUAAGUUUUCACUAUUAUUAUUAUUAUUAUUAUUAUUAUUAUUAUUAUUAUUAUUAUUAUUAUUAUUAUUAUUAAUCAAUUGAUAAAUUACAUAUCAAGUGUUACAAAUCAAUUAUUUUAAAAUAUAUUACAAGUUUUUAACAUUAAAAUUUUUUAGGUUAUAUUAGAGUUGCAAAGCUAAAUUAUAUCUAAAAAUACAUCUAAUGAUGAAACUAUUUUUAAAACGCUCGGUAGAAAUGUUUGGUCACUGUGCCUCUUGUGUUCUAAGUUUAACUGUAUAUUCUUUAAUUUUUGGACAGAUUUCUCUUAACGGAUGAUUGUUUUGUUUACACAGCUUUUCAAACAGCUUUCUAUCUGUCUGUUCUAACAGUAUAUUAAUAUCUAUUUGUUCUGAUGAUCUUCUUUCAUAACAACAAUUUAAGAAGUUUUGAAUAGUUUUUAACUCCGGUGGUGAUGCAGCAAUUACUGAUAAGCCAUAGGUAAGUUGUGACAGGACCAGUGACCUAAAAAGAAGAUCUAAUUCGUCUUGACUAUAUCCUUCAUUCCUCAGUUUUCGAAUUACAAACAAGUAUUUAUUUGCUUUCACCAACUUUUUCUUAACACAUUUCUCAAAUCUGCUUGUCAUUUCAAAGGUUAGCCCCAGUAUUUCAAGACUAGAAUGCCGUUCAAACCCAUAAAGUGGUGAUACACAAUCCUCUGAUCGUCCUUUCUUUAAUAUAAUCAUUUCUUUACAUUUACCCUCAUUUAAAGGUAAAGAGUUUGAUUCGAACCAGUCCUUAAAUUCAUCUAUGGCUUUAGAACUACAAUCUUGGGUAUUCUUCAAAUUCGGUACCAAAAGUAAGGAAUCAUCCGCGAAUUUAACAAGGGGGGUGUUGGAACAGUUCUCCAAAUCCUUAAUAAAUAAAUUAAAGAAAUGUGGUCCGGUCACAGUUCCUUGCAUAACUCCCUUCUUAAUAUCUUUCCACUUGCAUGUCGUUCCUUGGAAAACUAUUCUCUGUCUUCGAUCUUUUAAGAAAUUUAAGUAGGCUACCAAUUUACUAAAUAAGGGUUCAUAGAACUCGAUUUCAAUUUUUCACUCAGUUUUGCGUGUUUUACAUUGUCAAAUGCUAUGGAAUAGUCCAUUGCAAUUAAUCUCACUGCAUCACAAUUUGGUUCUUCUAGUUCUUUCAGGUACAUAUACUAUAAUUUAAUUAAGGCGUCUGUGCUACACCCAGGGAUUCGAUAAGCAAACUGGGAAGAUGAUAACUUAGCCUCGAAAGAUAUUUCACUAUGAUAAUGAUAAACCGUUCUUUCGAAGCAUCGUCCAAUCACAGGUGUGACGUUUAUACCUCUAAAUUCACAAUAUUCCUUUGGAUUCUCGACUUUUGGUAAAGGAUCUAUAUGAGCAAUUUUCCAAGAGGUAGGCUAUGUGGAUGUAGAGAGAGAUUCAUUCCAAAUCUUGGUCAUAACAGGUGCAAAUACGUCAGCGUUUUCUUUCCAUACCUAAAAUGGAAUUUCAUAAGGGCCUGUUGCCGUUUUCCUUAUUUUCAACAAAGCGUUCUUGACCUGGGUUCUGCUAAACUGAGCAGCUUUUAUUGUGAUUGAAUCUAUCUCCAUCAACGUUGGCUGUUCAUAGUCUCUAUCCAAACAUAAAUCUCUAAAGUAAUCGUUCAAGUUUUCUUUAAACUCGUUGUCAAGUAUAAUAUGUGCUCGAUUUCUUCUAUGCGACAAAAAGUCAACAUUUUUCCACUAUUGACUUGUGCCAGUACACUCGGACUUUGCCAUUUUUGUUCGAUUAUGUGAAAUUAUUCCAGAUAUUCGUUCUGUUAAUUCUGCCGCAAUAGAUAGCUAUCUCCUUGACUUAGCCUUUGAUCUUUUCUUAUUAAAUACUUUAAAAGUGGAGACAUCCAUGGAGGGUCACAAAUGGAAAGAGUAACUGUUUUCUUUGGAAAACAUUGAUCUAUGAUAUAAUGGAUAGUAUUCUCCAAUACUUUAGUUGCUUCUUCAACUGUUUCCCAUGACGUAACUUCAGACCAACUUUUCUCGGCAAGCUUCUUUUGAAAUUUGACUUUAUUCUGUGCUCUGUAGUCCCUAAAGCUGAUUUUAGUGCGGAGGGGCUUCAAUUUUAUUCCUGCCGGAAUUAUGACCCCCAAGUGGUCUGUUUUCAUUUGUAUAUCAUAUCCAAUGGGUAUGCUUUGUUGAAAAGUUCCGGUCUAUUUGUAAAACAGUUAUCGAGAAUUGCUUGCCCUCUGGUGGGAAAGUCUACCAAAGGCAAUAUGCCAGACAUUGUGGAAAGUUGAAUAACGUUUAGAUGAUUAAUGUCUCCACCAAAGAGAACUAU